GCUUUGUGCUGCUCCUCAAAGACCUGAAAGGACUGAACACUACAGAGCAGCAAAGAAACACAGCUCAUGAGGGCAGAAGAAUACUGCAGAAUGGCCAGUCUGGACGAUGUUCCAUUCAAGGUUCCUAUGGGUUCUCUGGAUGAGCCUCUGGGCAUAAUGAAGCCUGUCACUGACCUAGAAAUGAUCAUCCCAGACUAUCACCAAAAACUGCAUUACCUGCAGUACGACUUCUGUCUGGAGAACUGGGUUCUGAAUGGGUUCCGUCCUCGUUCUAAUAAGCACAUGUUCCCUUCUGAGCGGGUUUGUGUGCUUCCAUCCUGCCCUCCAUACUGGCUCCUGUUCAGCAGCCCUCAGGAGAGGCGCUCCAUACACGCCUGCAGAAAGGAAUCAUGUGACCAAGCACAGCGACCACGCAGCCUGAGCUUGAGUUCGGCGGACCUUCAGAGACGCCACCUGCACUCUACGCACCACCUUGUUGACAACUCGGCACAUGAGGCUGCUGGCUACAGCGAGGAUGACGAGUGCUCCUCCACUGAAGAAGAUCGAGCUUUUCGCUCUCGGAGCAGAGAAAGGGUUAAAUUUUCCCUCCUUCAAGAGUCUCAGAGGCCUGCGUCACCCCGAGCUCUGACUCACACACACAAGAACUCUGCCAGCUCUCGGAAAGACAUGAGCAGCCCACCGAGCCUGAGGCUCUCACGACCUCACAACAAAAAACACAUCCCUGGUGGCUCCAGUGAAAAACGAACCAUCAUCAUCCACAAACCACAUGCCACAAACUCCAAGCCCAAGCCAAGACCCUCCUCAGCCGGCCCACAGCCCUCUGCUCACCAACGCAAGUCAAGUUUCCUGCAGGCUGCCCGUCCACGCACUUCUCAUGGAGACCAGCACUCAGUCUCAGACUCAUCAGUGGAGCUGCUUUAUGCUCUGAGCCAGGAAGAGAGAGUUCUGGUGGAGAGCAUCACUGCACAGGGUUACACACUCCGUUCUGCCAUCCUGGCUCUGCAGCGCACUGGGACACGCAGCGCAGAGGAGAUUCUGGAUUAUCUGUUGGUGCGUGAUCGGCUGUGUGCCCUGGGUUAUGAGAGAACUCAAGUGGAGGAUGCUUUGGAGAUGUUUCAGAACUCCGAGAGCAAGGCUACAGAGUUCCUGCGAUUGCUGGCUCAAUUCUGUGAAAUGGGCUUCCAGCAGAGCACCAUUAAAGAGGUUCUGCUCCUGCAUGACAACCACCGGGAGAGAGCACUGGAGGAGCUUGUGACGCAUGUCACCUGAACAUCCUGCAGGCAUGGAGAGUUUUUUCUGCACAUGACAUUUACGUAUUAUGAAAUCUAAUUAGAAGGAAAUUAUUGUGUUAAUGUACUGCUGCAGUGACAACUGUUUUCACCUUGUGAUUAGCUGCUUAUAAAUAUAUGAUGAUGAGAAGAAGAUUGUAAUCAAGCUUAAUCAGCUGUGAUGAAGUAGUGAAGCAAUCUCACAUGACUUGUUGUGCAGGACAGAUGCUGUGGGUGGAGUAGACUGCGGUGAGCUUUCAGGGAUGUGGUGAUAAAAUUCAACAUUUUUUGUAGUGGUUUUAUGUAUGUUCUAUGCAUAUAGUGAGGGAAAAUACCUAUGCAAAUACAGUACUUUUGUUUUCAUUAGUUAUCAUACUUUGAGUACAUACAGUAAAUCCAUUUUAAAUGUAUAUACCUAUAAUGUUUUUGACUGUACCUGUAAAUAUGAACAAAAAAUACACAAGCAUGGAACAAAGCUAUGCUUUACAAAUGUAAUUGAUGGCAAUGUAAUCAGACACCACAAACUGACAACAUUGGUACUUCGUUGCAAAGCUGUUAUUUGAUUGACUGCUCUGAUGUAUUUGCAAU